UUCUGGAACAGACCGUUUCUACCUGGAGUUUCAUUGUCAGAUAUGAAACGCCACUCCUGGCCAGGGGCCCUGUGUGGUUUGGCCCUUCUGGCAUUCCUGUGUCAUUGUGCAACAGCUGUGGAGAGACGCUAUUACAUUGCAGCUGUUAAUAUUAACUGGGACUACACAUCUGCCGGACAGCAAAGGACUGGACCAUUAUACAAAAAAGUAGUAUACAGGGAGUACAAUGAGGGAUUCACACAGCCUAAAACACAUCCCUUGUCUUCAGGGUUACUUGGGCCUACAUUACGUGGACAAGAGGGCGACACAAUCGUUGUCACAUUCAAGAACAUGGCUGAUCAUCCCUGCAGCAUUCACCCACACGGCAUUGCUUACGAGAAGCAGUCAGAGGGAUCUUCAUACUUUGACAACACAUCACUGCUUGAGAAAAUGGAUGACAUCAUUCUCCCUGGCCAAGAGCACACAUACUAUUGGGACGUGACAUCUGAGGUGACCCCGACAGCUGCAGACCCCCCAUGCCUCACCUACACAUACCUUUCCCAUUACGACAUUGUCAAGGACUACAAUACAGGGUUAAUAGGCACAAUGCUGAUCUGCAAGAAAGGCACCCUAGACAGCUCUGGAAAACAGAUUCAUUUCCACCAGGAGGCUGUGCUGUUGUUCGGAGUGUUUGAUGAGAGCAAGAGCUGGUACAGCACCGGGGGCCCUCACCGGGCACAGGAUGUCAAAUACACUAUAAAUGGCUACACAAAUGGCUCUGUACCAGAUCUGGACAUCUGUGCUCACUCCAAAGUCAGCUGGCACCUGCUGGGAAUGAGCUCUGAGCCAGAGCUCUUCUCUGUACACUUCAAUGGGCAAGUCCUUCUGCAUGAUGGGCACAAAACCUCAGCUGUUGGCAUCAUUAGUGGAACUGGCACUAGUGCCAGUAUGACUGGUAUCCAUCCCGGCCACUGGCUCAUUUCCUCUCACAUUAGCAGGCACUUGGAAGCUGGCUUGCAUGGAUAUCUAAAUAUCAGGACGUGUGAUGAGUACACAGCACCAAAAAGAAGACUUACUAUCCAGCAGAAACAAGAAAGCCAAGAGUGGACUUACUAUAUAGCAGCAGAAGAGAUCAUUUGGGAUUAUGCACCAAAUAUGCCAGACAACAUUGAUGGGGAUUUCCGGAUAAAAUUUUUAAAGCAGGGGGCUCUGCGGAUAGGUAAAAAAUACAAAAAGGCUGUGUUUACCCAGUAUAAAGACAGCACAUUUAAAGAGAGAGCGGAAGACAAGCAGAGAAAGAAGGAGCUUGGGAUUCUCGGGCCAGUGAUAAGAGCCCAAAUCAGAGAUGUCAUAAAGAUUGUCUUUAAAAACAAAGCAUCACGUCCGUAUAGUAUCUAUCCUCAUGGACUGACCAUUGAUAAAGCAGCAGAAGGAGCCAGUUAUCCUGAGGGAGGGAAUCAGACACAUGGCAUUCAGCCAGGAGAGACCUACACCUAUACAUGGAGUGUGUCUGAGGAAAAUGUACCAAUGGACAGUGACCCCAGAUGUCUGACCAGGAUGUACCACAGUGCAGUGGACAUUCCUCGAGACAUUGCUUCUGGUCUUUUGGGCCCUCUUCUCAUCUGUAAGAGCCAGUCUCUUACCAAAAAGAAUAUACAGCUAAAAGCCGACAAAGAACAGCAUGCCAUGUUUACAGUUUUUGAUGAGAACAAGAGCUGGUACCAUGAUGAGAACAUUAACACUUAUUGUAGUGACCCCAAAAGAGUUAAAAGAGAUGAUCCAGAGUUUUACAAAUCAAAUGUUAUGCACACAAUCAAUGGUUAUGUUUACGAAAGUGGUCAAGAACUGGGAUUUUGUCAUGGUGAAAUUGUGACCUGGCAUGUGUCGAAUGUUGGCGAACAAGAUUACAUCCAGACUGCCACUUUUUACGGCCAUACUUUUGAGCUAAAGAACAGAGAAGAGGAUAUACUCAGUCUGUUUCCCAUGACUGGCGAAACUAUCUCCAUGAACAUGGUUAAUAUAGGUAUUUGGCUUUUAGCAUCACUGAACUCUCAUGAUUCCACUAAAGGCAUGAGGGUGAAAUUCAAGGACCUCGAAUGCUUCAGAGAUUAUGUUAUGGAAUAUGAUUAUGAGUCAGAUAAAUUCACUGUAUGGAAACCUAUGUCCAUCACUGACAUCAUAAAAGAGGCACCAAAACCAGUAAACCCUAGCAUGGUUGACGAGGAGACUGACAUAUAUGCAGACCUCUUCGGCUUGAGGACAUUCAAAAACUUAGCAGAUGAAGUUGAGCAAAUCGAUUUUUCAAUGCUAGAUCAAGAUGAUGGUUUAUUGCCGACUGUUGAGGCACAAAGUCCGGCCAACUUAGCAGAUGAAGUUGAGCAAAUAGGCCUUUUGACGUCAGAUCCCGAUGAUGAUAUAUUGCCGACUGUUGAGGCAAAAAGUCCAGCCCUAAGCAACGAGUUGGACAAAUCACACAAUGCUACUUUAGGAACUUUCAAUCAGACUCAUGGUUUAUCAGCUCAGACGGCUGGUUUGGACAAGAUACAAUCGUCAUAUAAAGUUUUGAAUAUGAGCACUUUUGAUUCCAAUUCAGAGGAGAUGUCAAACAAUGAAACAGACAGUAUUAUCUCACAUGUUCCGGUUGUAGAAAGAAAGGUUCGCAGUCUACCAAUAAAGCCAGUGAAUGAAACAGAGAGUGUCUCCACAAACGUCACUCAUGCCAACAUUGCAGAAAACGGCAAUUCAUCAUUAAAGACAGAAAGUGUCCCAGCUAAUACUACUCACGCGCCAACAAUUGAAACAAACAUUAUCCACACAAUAAUAACAACAAUGAGUGAAACACACAGUUUCCCCACUAAUGCAAGUCUCACUUCAUCUGAUGCUCCAAAUGGUGAAAUAAACAUCACCAUGGAGGAUGAAAAAGCAUCUUUAAAUGUAUCUGAGUUGAAACCCCUGCUAUCAAACCAAACCUUAGUAAACAAAACAGUUAUUCAAGAAGAGCUAAACGCUACUGACGUAGCAGAGGGUGACCGGGAUGGAUCGGGUCACGUCUUCAUAUACAGCGUGCCUAGUCCUGACUCUCUGUCUAAUAACCCAGAGACACAAGUUGAGGAGAAUUUUGUGCUUUUGGGCAGUGAUUAUCCCUCGGAAAUUUCAACCGAUUUAACGACUAGGUUGGAAUAUGAUGUCUCACUAUUGGACACACUGGAGGACAUUGGUGAACUAACUGAAAACACAACACGGAUUCUGGAAGUCAACAGCACAAAAGGGAAUAACACCACUGAGAUGCUUUCACAGAUAAAUUCUACAGCUGAGAGCAAUUUUAAUCUCAAUCUGUCUUCGCCUUUGAGAAACAGCACCUCACAGAGCAAUGAGUCUGAAGCUUCAAAUGAAACCUUUGUUGACUUCAGCCUCCACCUUGAACCUGAAAUAACAGAGAACAUGACAUCAUCCACUAAUGAUUCACUGCAAAGUGAAAUUUCAAGGAAUGCAUCACAGUUAUUCCCUUUAGAGAGUAAAGACAAUACAUCCUUUUCUCUUGGCACUUUCAAUGUUUCACCGAUGAAGAACGGCUCAGAAAGCGAAAGUGACGAGGAAGUGGUCAUCUAUCUGAAGAACAAUCACAGCGAGGCCAUACUCACAUCUCAUAUCGACCCAAAAGAAGAGCACUGGGGUUAUGAAGGCAAACACGAACUUGUUCAUAUGGAGAUCCCAGAUCACAUGAAAAAAUACACGACGGACACAGCAAAUUCAAGUAAGCCAAAGAGUGAAAAGAAAAAAAAAGUAGUUCACCAAAGGGUAAAGCCGAGAAAGGGACAUGGCAUGAAGACAAAGAAAAGGAAAGAGUAUAAGCCACAGCCACGUUCUGCUUUUUCUCCAAGAGGUUUUGGACCUUCUGUGCUGAGCCCAAGGGGAACCAAGCCUGUCUCGAGCGAGGACGACUUGAUGGGGAACGACAUCGUCAUAGGAGUGCCAAGACGGGAUUUCAAUGAUUAUGAUAUAUAUGUUCCAAAACAAGAGCAGGAAACAGAUUUUGAUGGUAUGGUUGAUCCCCCGGAAGAAUAUGAAUAUGUAGAGUACAAAGACCCUUAUAGCAAAACGGCAGAUGCUCAAAGCCCAGUUCUGGAUACAACAUCCCAGCAUUUCUUAAAAAUGGCUGGAGACAAGAAUACCAGGACUUAUUUCAUCUCAGCUGAAGAGGAAGAAUGGGAUUAUGCUGGUUAUGGGCAUAGGAGGCUUGAUAAAUCAGCUCAAAACGAGAGGCCCACAGCUUUCAAAAAAGUGGUGUUCAUAAAGUACCUGGACAGCAGCUUUAGUAUCCGAGACAUCCGAGGGGAAAUGGAUGAACACCUGGGAAUUCUGGGUCCGGUUAUUAAAGCUGAAGUUGAUCAGACUGUUCUGGUAUUUUUCAGGAACCUUGCCAGCCGUCCUUACUCUUUGCAUGCGAAAGGAGUAAAAUACUUAAAACAAAUGGAAGGCCUGAGUUAUGAUGACCAAUCACCGUACUGGUACAAACAGGACGAUGCAGUUCAACCCAACAGCACCUUUACCUACAUGUGGACAAUAAAUUCCAAAUCUGGACCUCAAAAUAAUGAAUCUGACUGUCGAACAUGGGCCUAUUACUCUGCAGUGAAUCCUGAGAGAGAUAUGAACUCUGGGCUGAUUGGGCCGCUUCUGGUCUGUCGGAAGGGUACACUGGCUAAAAAGCCUGUGGACAGAAGAGAGUUUGUCCUGCUCUUUAUGACAUUUGAUGAAAAUAAGAGCUGGUACUAUGAGGAGAAUAGGGAGAGGAUUGAAAGGAAAAACAGAAGAGCAAUCAUGGAUCCAAAUUUUCAUGAUAAUUUAAAGUUUGACGCUAUCAAUGGUAUUAUCUACAGUCUCAAAGGACUUAGAAUGUACACAAAACAGCUAGUGAAGUGGCAUCUGAUCAACAUGGGCUCUCCCAAAGACCUCCACAGUGUCCAUUUCCAUGGUCAAACAUUCAUAAAUAAGGAAUUAAAGGACCACCGUCAGGGUGUUUACCCACUUUUACCAGGUGGAUUUGCCACAUUGGAAAUGCUGCCUUCAAAGCCUGGUCUCUGGCAGCUGGAGUCUGAGGUUGGACUUUCACAGCAGAGAGGAAUGCAGACCCUAUUCCUUGUGUUAGAUAACGUCUGUGAUCACCCUCUUGGUCUCAUCUCUGGAACUGUGCAAGAUGAACACAUAACAGCAUCUGACUAUAAAGGAUCAUGGUAUCCGCAUUUGGCCAGACUACAUAAUACAGGGAAAUACAAUGCAUGGAGUACAACAAAGGCAGGGCAGUAUAUUCAGGUGGACUUUCAGAGGCCAGUAGCGAUUAGUAAAGUUGCCACACAGGGAGCCAAGCAUUACUUUGCACAUCAUUUUGUGCAGAACUACACAAUUUCCUACAGUACAGACAAAAAGAAGUGGAUCUUCUACAAGGGAGACAGUGAUGCUGUCAGAAAGACUAUUGAAGGGAACACUGAUGCUACCGAAACGAAGGAGAAUAUAUUUUUCCCACCUCUGAUUGGUCGAUACGUGAGGCUGCAUCCUUUACAUUCUUACAACUCCCCAACUGUCCGUUUGGAGUACUUUGGUUGUGAGCUUGAUGGUUGUUCUCUGCCUUUGGGAAUGGAAAGUGGCCUCAUUGAAGAUACUCAAAUCACUGCCAGUUCUGUGGCCUCCAGUUGGUACGCUGGACAGUGGCAUCCUUGGUAUGCACGCUUAAAUAAGCAAGGGACCGUCAAUGCAUGGCAAGCCAAGAACAAUGACAUUCAGCCAUGGAUCCAAGUGGAACUGAAGGAUGUAACAAAAAUAACUGGGAUUAUAACACAAGGGGCCAAAACGUUAAGAAAUGAGAUGUUUGUGACAGCAUAUACUCUGGAGUACAGUGAAGAUGGAAAACGAUGGACAAAGUACACAGAUGAUGAGGAUUACGAACAAAAGACAUUUCAAGGCAACACAGAUAACAAUGGCCAAGUAAAGAACUACAUCUACCCACCAAUAUAUUCCAGAUUCAUCCGAAUUAUUCCAAAACGAUGGCAGAAAUGCAUUACUAUGAGGAUUGAGCUGCUUGGUUGUGAUUUUAAAUAAACACAUGCACUAUCUUUAACUAAUUUGACAACACAUGUUUUUUUUUGUUUGUAUAUAAUAAAUAUAUUGUGUGUUAGAAUCAAUUGUAUUAGGUUAAAACUCUAAAUAAAUUCCUGAAAGUGAGGUGGA